AUGAUAGAACGAAUUGAAAUAUCUGUAAUUCCUCAAGAUUUAAGACACGAAGAAACAAUUGUACAAAUUGCAGAAGCAUUGGAUAAUUUAGAUUUUGCAGUUUCUCAUAUUUUUAAUUCCAUAAAUGAACGAAUUUCAUUACAUACAAAAAGACUUGGAGUUAUUCGAACUAGGGCUACAAAACUUCAAGAGCAAUUAGAGUAUCUUCAAAAUAAUUUAAAUUUAAAAGCUAUAAAAUUAUAUUCUGCAGCAAAAUAUCCAGCAAAUCAUACAUAUAAUGAAUAUACAUUGGUCAUACAACCGAAAUCAAGAAUUGAAAUUCCAGAUAAUAAAAUUUACAGAAGUUCAGUUCCAAUUUCAGAUAAAUCUGAUUCAGUACUAACUAGUAACAGUAAGAUGGAAAAUAGACAAUAUACAAGUAAUUUAAAUUUGCAAGAAAAGUUACAAUUUUAUUAUGUUAAAUCUAAACCAUAUAAAAAAACAAAAACUUAUAUCGAGAAGAAUCAUGCAAAGGAAAAUAUUUCCUCUAUUGAUUCACUCUUACUAUUUAACAUAAAAGACUCUCAAACUUCUGUUAAUUUAGAAUUAGCUCAAAAUGAAAAAAAAAAUCAGAUUCAAGAUGCUCCCAAUUCUAUUUUACAACCAUGGCACACUUCUGAAAUUGAAUACCCAUCAACUUAUUUAUAUGCUCCAACAUUGGGAGAGGUACCACAAAUGAAUGUACCACUCAUGCUACCUCAUUUACCUGGAAUAGUCGAUGACGAACGUUUUUCACUUGAUCUAAAUUCGCAAAGUCCUAUAGCUCCUUCUUCAAUGGCUGCUACACCAACAAUUCGUCAUGAUCCCUCAAUUUCGGAAAUUUCAGAAAUUUCAGAACAGUAUAAUAAAAAGUCAGAAACCAGUAACAAAGUAUUUUCUAAUGUUAACAUUAGAUCAAAUACUUCUUUAUCUUUAGCUUAUGAGGCUAAGAGCGUUAGUGAGCAAUUACUAGAAGAAACCCCGUUAAAAGCAAGUAGCAAUGUUCCCGUUGUGACUAGUCAAUCACCAACAGUUGUAUCACCAUCAACACCACCACCACCGACACCACCACCACCACCACCACCACCACCACCACCACCACCACCGUCACCCCCGCCAUCACUACCGCCACUUCCACCGUCGCUACCUCUCGAAUAUAAAGAAGAAUUAAAGCCGAUUAAAAUAAUAAAGAAUUCGACUGUAUUGAAUGCAAAUGCAACCGAUGAUCGAAGCAAUCUUAUGGCUGCCAUUCGUGACGCUGGCGGACUUGGACGAGCCAAAUUGAAGCAUGCGGUACUUGCAGACAAAACCAAAGAUCGAUGGUCCUCGGCUUCGGUCGGUGGUGAUCUUAUGGCCGAUCUACACGCUACAUUAUCUCUCAGAAGGAAAGGUAUUGCUGGCUCAGCUAUUAACGCCCUCGUAAGAAUGUCAAGUAUGAUUCCACCACCACCUAAGCCAAAUGAAUCAUCUACUUCAGACAGAAAUUCGGCAACAAGUGAAUGCGAGUCUCAAGAUGAUGAUGGAUGGGAAGAAUAAAAUUGCCGAUUUUAUAAGAAAAUCUGUUUGAUAAAAUCAAUUUAUUUUUCUUGUUAAAACAUUGCUCACAUACUAUUCCCAGAGAAAUCUAUGUACAAUUCAUCUGUACAAUUUUAUUCUAAUAACAUAACAAAUAAUAUCUUUCUUUGUCAUGCAAAUAUCAAGUUUGAUAUUUACAAUCAAUAUGCAUAUAAUAAAAUGUGUCAUUACA